CUGAUGGGACAUGUAGCUGCACAGGGCGAUCCCGCCGGGAGAUUCCAGGUGAGGGGUGGGGCCCGUUCCCCAUCUCCACUCGGAUUUCCCACAGCAACAGUAGCGCCCGCAGCCCGGUGACCGGGAGGACGAGGUGGAAGGGGGAGGAUGCCCGCGAUUCCCGGCGUCACCAUCCGGCCGUACCGCCCGGGGGACCUGCGAGAGGCCCAGAGCAUCGUGGGGGCCGGGUUGAUGGGGCUUGUUCCCUCCGCGUUCGGGCGUGCUGCCGGCUCGCCCUCCAACGUGGCCCUGGUGGCGGCGCUGGCCGGAGCGGCCUACGCCCUGAGCUGGUCCCUGGCCUGGGCCCUGGCGACAGGGCUGACCGCGCUGGGGCUCCUCUACCUGCUGUGCAGGGGCCUGUUCUCCUCCUACGUCCGGGAGGUACUGAGGACGGACAUGGCGGACAUCGAGGGCAGCUACCCGUGGCGGGAGGGCUGCGGCUUCUGGGUGGCCCAGCAGGAGGCGCCGGCAGCGGGGCUGGUGGGGACGGUGGCGCUGGCCGGGGAGCCGGCGGCGCCCGGGGCGUGCCGCCUGCUGCGGCUCUCGGUGCGGCGCUCGGCACGUCGCCAGGGGGUGGCGGAGGGGCUGGUGAGGACCGCCCUGGCUUUCGCCUCUGCCCACGGUUACCGCCAGUGCGUCCUGGAGACCUCGGUGCUCCAGCAAGCCGCCCUCGGGCUCUACCGGAAGCUGGGGUUCCGGACGGUGGCAUCGGAGCUCCCGGCUCAGUCCGCUCUCCUGAGCUACCUCACCAAGAUCACCCUGACCCACCUGGAGAAACGGCUGUGAGCGGGCGCGCGGGCAGGCUUCCCCCUGACCAGGCCCGGAGUGGGCACAGACAAUCCCGCGAGGGGUGGGGGGGGGGGGAGGUGUUCGGUGAACGCUCCCCCUGCCCCGCACACAGCCCCCCUUCUGUGGACAUCGCCCCCUCCCCCUCCCCCCUUCUUCCCUCACCGCACCCUUGCCCGAGCGACUUGGCAGUUUGCGUUCUGGUCACUCUGUGCCUCCUCCUGGAGAAAUGUCCUCUCAGGAUGUCACGUGGUGGUGGGUCAGAGAUCCUCGGGGGGGGAUGAUCUGAUAUCUCCCAAUUCAGUCACCUCCCAACCUCCUUCUCUCUGACGCUAACAGCCUCAGGUCCCUCGGCCUUUCCCCCAUCAGACCUUCCCUCCAUAACCAGGCACCGUCCCGGUAAAUCCCCUCUGCGCCCUUCCCAAAGCUUCCCCCCAUCCUCCCUAUAACGCGGGGACCAGACCUGGACACAAUACUCCGAGUGCGGCCGCUCCGGAGUUUUAUCCAGCUGCAGUGUCACCUCCUGGCUCCGGAACUCAAUCCCUCUCCCAAUAAAAGCUAACCCACCCUCCGCCUCCUUCACAAUCCUCCCAGCCUGGGUGGGGAACGUUCAGGGAUCGGUGUGGGCUGGACACCGAGAUCUCUCUCUCUCUCUGCUCAUCACCACGACCGAGAAUCUUCCCCUGAGCCCAGCGCUCUGCAUUCCUGUUCCUCCUUCCAAAGUGAAUCACCGCACACUUGUCCGCAUUAAACUCCAUUUGCCACCUCUCCGCCCAGCUCUGCAGCUUACCAAUGUCUCUCUGUAACCCGCAACAUCCUUCGUCACGAUCCACAACUCCACCGGCCUUAGCGUCACCCACACAUUUACUAACCCAUCUUUCUAUGCCCUCAUCCAGGUCAUAUAUAAAAAUGACCUACAGCAGUGGAUCCAAAACAGAUCCUUGUGGUAGACCAUUAGUAACUGAACUCCAGGAUGAAUAUUUCCCAUCAACCACCACCUUCUGUCUUCAUUCAGUGAGCCAAUUUCUGAUCCAAACUGCUAAAUCACCCUCAAUUCCAUGCCUCUGUAUUUUGUGCAAUAGCCUACCAUGGGGAACCUUAUCAAACACCUUACUGAAAUCCAUAUACACCACAUCGAUCGCUUUAGCCUUAUCCACCUGUUUGGUCACCUUCUCAAAGAACUCAAUAAGGUUUGUGAGGCACAACCUACCCUUCACAAAACCAUGUUGACUAUCCCUAAUCAACUUAUUCCUCUCCAGAUGAUUAUAAAUUCUAUGUCUUAUAACCCUUUCCAACACUUUACCCACAACCUAAGUAAGGCUCACUACUCUAUGAUUACCAGGAUUGUCUCUACUUCCCUUCUUGAACAAGGGAACAACAUCUGCUAUCUUCCAUCUUCUGGCACUAUUCCUGUAGACAAUGACAACAUAAAGAUCAAAGCCAAAGGCUAGGCAAUCUCCUCCCUAGCUUCCUAGAGAAUCCGAGGAUAAAUCCCAUCCAGCCCAGGGGACUUAUCUAUUUUCACACACUGCAGGAGUUCUAACACCUCCUCCUCGUGAACCUCAGUCCCACCUAGCCUAGUAGCCUGUAUCUCAGUAAUCUCUUCGACAACAUUGUCUAGUGUGAAUACUGACGAUAAAUAUUAAUUUCAUACUUCCCCUAUCUCCUCGACUCCACACACAACUUCCCGCUGCGAUCCUUGACUGGCCCUAAUUUAACCCUUGUCAUUCUUUUAUGCCUUAAAUACCUUUGGGUUUUCCUUGAUCCUACCCACCAAAGACUUCUCAGGUCCCCUCUUCUGAGCUCUCUCUUGUUAGGUCUUUCCUGGCUGACUUGUAAAUCUCAAGCCCCCUAACUGAGCUAUCACAUCUCAGCUUUACCUGAGCCUGCUUCUUCCUCUUGACCAGAGAUUCCACUUCCUUCGUAAACCAUGGCUCCCUUGCUCGGCCACUUCCUCCCUGCCUGACAGGCAUGUACUUACCAAGGACACCCAGGAGCUGUUCCUUGAAUAAGCUCCACGUUUCUAAUGUGCCCAUCCCCCUGAAGUUUCCUGCCCCAUCCCAUGCUUUCUAAAUCUUGCCUCAUCGCAUGGUAACUGCCUUUCCCCCCAGCUGUACCCCUUGCCCAGUGGUAUACACCUAUCCCUUUCUCUCACUAGAGUAAACAUAACCAAAUUGUGAUCGCUAUCACCAAAGUGCUCACCUAGUUCUGACUCUAACGCCUGGCCGGGCUCAUUACCCAGGACCAAAUCUAAUAUCAUUUCGCCCCUUGGUUGGCCUGUCUACAUACUGUGUCAGGAAACCCUCCUUCACACCCUGGACAGAAACUGACCCAUAUAUAGUAGUGUUCCCAGUCAAUAUUUGGAUAGUUGAAGUCCCCCAUGACAACUACCCUGCCUCUCUCACUCCUAUCCAGAAUCAUCUUUGCUAUCCUUUCCUCGACAUCUCUGGGACUAUUCAGAGGCCUAUAGAAAACUCCCAACAGGGUGACCUCUCCUUUCCCCUUUCUAACCUCAGCCCAUACCACCUCAGCAGACGAGUCCCCAAACGUCCUUUCUGCCACUGUAGUACUGUCCUUGACUAACAGUGCCGCACCUCCCCCCUCUUUUACCAUCUUCCCCUGUUCUGAGUGAGCCAACUAAAUCCCGGAGCCGUUCCUGUCCCUGCUGUAUCCAUGUCUCGGAAACAGCCACAACGUCGCAGUCCCAGUGCUGCCCGUUCCCCCCCCCACCUUAUUCCAGAUGCUCCUGACGUUGACAUAGACACACCCCAACCCACCUUCCUGUUCACCGGGAAGCGCCUGUGACCCUGAAACCUUAUUUCUGACCUCGCUCCACACAACCUCCUGGGCAAUUCAGGUUCCCAUCCCCCUGCCGAGUUAGUUUAACCCCCUCCCCAUCCCCUCCCCGGGAUAUUGCUCCCACUCUGGUUCAGGGGAAGACUGUCCUGUUUGGAGGGGUCCCACCCUACCCCGGAAAGAUCCCCAAUUAUCCAGGGGCUCCCUCCCUCCUGCACCAUCCCUGUAGCCACGUGUUCAGCUCCUCUCUCUCUCUCUCUCCUCCCUACUCAAACACGGGACUAACACCGGGAACGAGUGUGCGGCAGAGAGAGAGAGAGAGAGAGAUCAUGGGAAGGAGUACAGCAGAGAUCAGGCCCUUCAGCCCCACCAUGUUGUGCUGACCGCUGAUCCUCAUGUACGCACCCUCACAUUUCUGUGACCAUCUGCAUAUUCAGGAGUCUCUUAAAUGUCCCCAGUGACCCUGCCUCCACAACUGCUGUUGGCAACGCAUUCCAUGCUCUCUCAACUCUCUGUGUAAAGAACCCGCCUCUGGCAUCUCCUCCAUACAUUCCUCCAACCAGCUGACCCCUCGUGUGAGUCAUUUCUGCCCUGGGAAAUAGUCUCUGGCGAUCUAUGCCUCUCAUUAUCUUGAAUACCUCAACUAGGUCCCCUCCCCUCCUCCUGUUCUCCAAUGAGAAAGGUCCGAGCCCAGUCAACCUCUCUUCCUAAGAUAAGCCCUCCUGUCCAGGCAGCAUCCUGGUAAACCUCCUCUCAACCCUCUCCAAAGCAUCCACACCUUUCCUAUAACAGGGUGACCAGAACUGGACGCAGUAUUCCAAGUGCGGUCUAACCAAAGUUUUAUAGAGCUGCAACAAGAUCUGACGACUCUUAAACUCCAUCCCCCUGUUAAUGAAAGCCAAAACACCAUUUGCUUUCUUAACAACCCUGUCCACUUGGGUGGCCAUUUUAAGGGAGCUAUGUACCUUCACCCCAAGAUCCCUCUGUCCCUCCACACUGCCAAGAAUCCUAUCCUUAAUCCCGUACUCAGCUUUCAAAUUCGACCUUCCAAAAUGCAUCGCCUCGCAUUUAUUGAGGUUGAACUCCAUCUGCCACCUCUCAGCCCAUCUCUGCAUCCUGUCAAUGUCCCGCUGCAGCCGACAACAGCCCUCUAUACUGUCAACGACACCUCCAACCUUUGUGUCGUCAGCAAACUUGCUAACCCAGCCUUCCAUCCCCUCAUCCAAGGACAUAUGGAGGCCCAAGGACAGAGCCCUGUGGAACACCACUCACCACAGACCUCCAGGCAGAAUAUUUUCCUUCCACUACCACUCGCUGUCUUCUGUUGGCCAGCCAAUUCUGUAUCCAGACAGCUACGUUCCCCUGUAUCCCAUUCCUCCUGAGUAUGGGAGAGGGGUAGGGACAGGGAGAGAGGGAAAAGGGGUAAGAUACCGACAGAGAGGAAGAGAGUCUCUCCGACGCUCUCUGGGUCUCUUUCACCCUCUCUCUCUCUCUCGGAGGGAGGAGAGGCUUGACCCUGGAGGAUCCAGGUAUAGGGGGAUAGAACAAGGCCAUUCGGUCCCAGCUGAUACGUCUCUCAACCCCAGCAUCUCCCCGUAACCUCUCUCUGUCUCUCUCACUGUCACUCACGUGCGCGUGCACACACUCACACACACACUGCAUGGGAAUCUCACACACACACACUUACACACACCCAUGCACGGGAAUCUCUCACACUUACACACACACUGCUUGGGAAUCUCUCACACACUUAUACACACACUGCAUGGGAAUCUCUCUCUCUCUCUCUCUCACACACACACACACACACACACACACACUGCACAUGAAUCUCUCUCACACACACAGACACACACACACCAGCGGUGUCAAAAUUCAUCAAAAGGAGGUUCAGAAAUACACACUGGAAACCGGCAUCAGUGUAAACUUAACUCUGACAUAAGCUUGAUUCGCUGACUUAGCCUGUUGGAAGAGCGGGCGUCGUGAGACAGGAAUCACGGAUUUUUGUCUGGCCGAGAACAGGAAAACAAAACAUCAGUUCGUGCCUGGGAGAAUAUUGAGAGAUUUCGAGACCGUAAUCUGAAAGCGUUCACAAUGG